AUUUCUUUUACAAAAAAAGAAUUGCUGAAUAUUUCAGUAUAAAUAGAAUAUGAAGCACACCAACUUCAUGCACAACCAACUUCCUACUUUGCUUAUCUUGCCUCUUCUGUCAUUUUAUUCCAUCCACAAAUCAUCAAUGGCUCCUUCUUUUCGAUGCGUUUUAGUUCUUUUUGUAAGCAUCCUUUCUGCUUUAAAUGUCGCGACUGCUGCAACAUGCAGCGACUGUUUCAUUCAUUCUCGUGCAGCUUAUUACCCGAAUUCUGAUGAAAAAGGAACAGAAAGUGGGGCGUGUGGGUAUGGCACAUUUGGAGCAACCAUUAACGGCGGGGAUGUAUCAGCUGCAUCUGAUCUCUACCGAGAUGGUGUAGGUUGUGGUGCUUGCUAUCAGGUGAGGUGUUCCGACAGCACGUAUUGCUCAGAAAAAGGAGUAAAUGUGGUUAUAACUGACCAAGGAUCUGGCCCCAGCACGGAUUUUAUUCUGAGCAGGCGAGCCUUUGGACGGAUGGCUCAGACUACUGAUGCAGCUGCCUCUUUACUAAACCUUGGUGUAGUUGAUAUUGAAUACAGAAGGGUGUCAUGCAGCUAUCCAUCCAAAAACAUAACAGUCAAGAUUGAUGAGAACAGCAACUAUCCUCACUACUUGGCAUUUUCUUUAUGGUAUCAACAAGGAAACAGUGAUAUUACUGCUGUGCAGUUAUGCGAGACAAAGAAUCUUAGCUGCAAGCUUCUGAGUCGUAGUUAUGGAGCAGUAUGGACGACAACUUCAGCCCCUAGCGGAUCAUUGUCUCUGAGGAUGCUGUUUAGUAAUGAUGUUACUGGAGACGAGACUUGGGUUGUUCCAGUUAACAACAUUCCAGAAAACUGGAAGGCUGGAGAUACUUAUGACACUGGUGUGCAAGUGAACAAUUAAUUAGUUACACAAACAUCAAGAUACAUCUGUAGAACUGAUAUUAGAAUAAUUGAGAUUCAUUUGAAUUCUUUAGUUCCAAGGAUUGGAUUUGUUAGGUGUACUACUAUAUUCCAAGUUCAGAAAAACCAACAUUUUUCUGUUGAAUAAUUACAAUCAAAUAUUAACCAUUAAUAUACGAGACAGAGAUACAGCUUUCACAUGGCUCUCA